GUCAUCUCAGUCGUAAAUAGUGGAAAAUUUGUGAAAAAUAUGAUUUCACAUUAAAAAUAAAGCAAUAACAAGGUUACCUUCCAACAAAUAAAUCAGAUAUAUUUAAAUCUAUCUGUCAGUACAGCUCACACAAAUAAAAUGUCCGAUUUUAUACAAUCUGAAGCUGAAGAAAGUGAGGAUGAGGAGUUGGAACCACAUGAGCGCAAAAAGCUCAAAAAAAUUAAAGCAAUGGAUAGUUCCGAUGACGAAGAAGAAGAUGAUGAUGAUAGGUUAAGAGAAGAACUAAAAGACUUAAUUGACGACAAUCCUAUAGAAGAUGAAAGUGAUGGAGAGGAAUCUGAUGGCUCAAAUGGUCAAAAACGUAAAAAGUCAGAUGAUGAAGAACUUGAUGACAGACUAGAAGAUGAUGACUACGACCUUAUCGAAGAGAAUUUGGGUGUGAAAGUUGAAAGAAGGAAAUUUAAACGUCUCAGGAAAAUACAAGAUGAAGAAAGUGAUAAUGAAGAGGAACAAGAUCAAGGACAAGAUCGAGACCAAAUUGCUCUGGGACUGUUUUCAGAUGAUGAUGAUGAGAGGAGGUCAGAAAGAAGUCACAGACAGAUGCCUGAACCUGAACAGUUUGGCGAGGAGGAAGAGGAAGGCGAAUAUUCGGAUGCCGACGAUUUCAUUGUUGACGAUGAUGGUCGACCGAUUGCUGAGAAAAAGAAGAAAAAGAAACCCAUAUUCAGCGACGCAGCACUCCAAGAGGCCCAAGAAACAUUUGGCGUUGAUUUUGAUUAUGAUGAGUUCUCAAAAUAUGAUGAUGAGUAUGAGGAGGAAGAUGAUGAGGAGGAGGACGAUUACGAAGAAGAUGCGGAUGGUGAAAGAAGGCGACCACAAAAGAAAGAAAGACGGAGAAAACCAACCAAAAAGUCCAUAUUCGAAGUUUAUGAACCCAGUGAACUUAAAAGAGGUUUUUUCACGGAUCUUGACAAUGAAAUCCGUAACACCGAUAUUCCUGAACGAAUGCAAUUGCGCGACGUUCCCAUCACUGCUGUGCCUGAAGAUUCAAAUGAACUUGAUGAUGAAGCUGAAUGGAUAUACAAGCAGGCAUUUACAAAACCAUCAGUUUCAAAUCAAGAAGCGGGUUUGACACCUGAAGCAAGAGAGAAAUUGAAAAAGGGACCGCAAACAGUGAGUAAAAUAAGAAAAGCUCUUGACUUCAUGAGAAACCAGCAAUUAGAAGUUCCGUUCAUCGCAUUCUACCGUAAAGAAUACGUCCAACCAGAAUUGAACAUAGAUGAUUUAUGGACAGUGUACAAGUAUGAUUCCAAAUGGUGCCAACUGAAACAAAGGAAAGAGAAUCUGUUGGCGUUAUUUGAAAAAAUGCGUUCCUAUCAACUAGAUCAACUGAUGAAACUUGGAGACGCACCAAUUCCAGACAACGUCAGAGUGAUAAAAGACAGUGACAUAGAACGCCUAAAAACUGUACAGUCUGCCGAAGAAUUGAACGACGUACACAACCAUUUUAUCCUCUAUUAUGCGGGUGACUUGCCAGCAAUGCACGCAGCCUGGCGCGUCAAGGAAAAGGAAAGAAAGAAACAAUUGAAACGUGAAGAAAGAUUAAGACAGAUCGCCGAAAGUCAAGAGGAUGGUGCCGACAUACCAGACGAAAUUGAAGACGAGCCAGACGACGAACCGGAACAAGAAACUCUGAAAUACGCCAAUAGAUCUGGAUCAUACACGUUGUGUACCAGAGCCGGUUUGGAUACGCUUGCCAAGAAAUUUGGUCUUACACCGGAACACUUUGGUGAGAACUUGAGAGACAAUUACCAGAGGCAUGAUGUCGAACAGGAACCCACCGAACCAACCGAAGUUGCCAAAGAAUUUCUAUCGCCAAAAUUCCAGACUGUUGAAGAGGUUAUACAGGCUGCAAAGUACAUGGUGGCCUUGCAAAUUGCUAGGGAGCCUUUGGUCAGAAAGUGCGUUAGGGAAGUAUUCUUUGAAAGAGCUAAAAUAUCAGUUAAACCGACGAAGAAAGGUCAGAAAGUUAUUGACGAAGUUCAUAACUGUUACACGAUGAAGUAUUUAAAGAAUAAACCUGUUCGAGAUUUAGUUGGUGACCAAUUUCUCAAACUGACUCUAGCAGAAGAAGAACACUUGUUAACAAUUACAAUAAAUGAAACAAUUGAAGGAAACUCAUCAAACAACUACAUUGAUGAGGUUAAACAGCUGUACAUAAGAGAUGAGUUCAGUAAAAAUGUUCAAGAUUGGAAUGCUCUUCGUGUGGAGUGCGUAGAGAGAGCUCUAACACGUUGCAUCCUGCCAGAUUUACGCAUUGAAUUGAAGAGGAUUCUACUAGCUGAAGCCAAGGAGUUUGUUUUGAAGUCUUGUUGUAGAAAAAUGUAUAAUUAUCUUAAGGUUGCACCAUAUGAAAUUGAAUUCCCUGAUGAGGAUGAAGAUGAAUGGAACACCAACAAAGGAAUCAGGACAAUGGGUUUGGCGUAUGAACCCGAUUAUUCCCAGUCCGCAUUUGCUUGCAUUUCUGGUCUAGAUGGUGAAAUAACCGACUAUUUAAGACUGCCUCACCUUCUAAAGCGGAAAAAUAGCUAUAGACAAGAAGAAAAAUUGUUGAAGGAAGCUGAUUUAACUGCAUUAAGAAACUUCAUCUACACCAAGAAACCGCAUGUGAUUGCUGUUGGCGGGGAAUCCCGGGAAGCUCUAAUGAUCGCUGAUGACUUGAGGGGUGUAAUUUCAGAGCUAAUCGAGACGGAACAGUUCCCUUGUAUCAAGGUGGAGAUUAUAGAUAACGAACUGGCGAAAGUUUACGCGAAUUCAAACAAGGGCCAGUCCGAUUUUCGUGACUACCCGGAAAUUCUUCGCCAGUCUAUUUCGCUCGCUAGGAAAAUGCAAGAUCCACUCGUCGAAUACUCUCAGUUGUGUAACGGUGACGAGGAGAUUCUCAGUUUGCGUUUGCAUCCGCUACAAGAACAGAUCCCUAAAGAGGAACUGUUGGAAGCCUUGUGCUUGGAAUUCGUCAAUAGGACCAACGAAGUUGGUGUAGAUAUUAAUUUGGCUGUGCAGCAAAACCACAAGAGUAACCUGGUCCAAUUCAUUUGUGGUCUCGGCCCUAGAAAGGGACAGGCCCUCAUCAGAGUGUUGAAACAAACCAACCAGAGGUUAGAAAACAGAACUCAACUCGUCACGUCCUGUCACAUGGGUCCAAAGGUGUUCAUCAACUGUUCGGGUUUCAUUAAAAUCGACACCAACAGUUUAGGAGACAGUACAGAAGCGUACGUGGAAAUAUUGGACGGGUCGCGUGUCCAUCCUGAAACUUACGAGUGGGCGAGAAAAAUGGCCGUCGACGCGUUGGAAUACGACGACGACGAAGGUGCCAAUCCUGCCGGAGCUCUAGAAGAAAUCCUGGAAGCACCCGAAAGACUGAAAGAUCUGGAUCUAGACGCUUUUGCUGAAGAAUUAGAGAGGCAAGGUUUCGGGAACAAGAGUAUUACUCUAUACGACAUCAGGGCUGAAUUAAACUGUCGCUACAAGGACAUGAGAACCCCGUACCGAUCGGCCAGUCCGCCGGAACUGUUCGACAUGCUAACAAAAGAAACACCCGAAACGUUCUAUGUCGGUAAAAUGGUAACGGCCACCGUCGUAGGCAUUGCAAGGCGCAAACCUCAAGGCGAACAACUAGACCAGGCGAAUCCAGUCCGUAACGACGAAACUGGCUUGUGGCAGUGUCCGUUCUGUCUCACUAAAGAUUUUCCCGAGUUAUCCGACGUGUGGAACCACUUUGACGCUGGCGCUUGUCCCGGACAAGCCACCGGAGUUAAGCUACGAUUGGAUAAUGGCAUUUCCGGGUAUAUUUACAUUAAAAAUAUCAGCGACAAGAACGUUAGUAAUCCAGAGGAAAGAGUGGGAAUUGGUCAGUUAAUACACUGCCGCAUAACGAAAAUUGAUGUAGAAAGGUUCUCAGUGGAUUGUACGUCUAAAUCGAGUGAUUUACUGGAUAAGAAUCACGAAUGGAGGCCAGCAAGAGAUUUGUACUAUGAUGCUGAACAGGAAGAAAAUGACACGAGGACUGAAGCCGACCUAAAGAAGAGUAAGCAACGACAAACUUAUAUCAAGCGAAUUAUUGUCCACCCUGCAUUCCACAAUAUUUCAUAUGCCGAGGCGGAAAAAUGUAUGGCGAAAAUGGAUCAAGGUGAGGUGAUUGUUAGGCCUUCGAGUAAAGGUGCCAAUCAUUUGACCAUUACAUGGAAGGUUGCCGAUAAAAUCUACCAGCAUAUUGAUGUACGGGAAGAAGGGAAAGCGAACGCCUUCAGUUUGGGCAAAUCAUUGUGGAUUGGCAAUGAAGAGUUCGAGGAUCUGGAUGAAAUAAUCGCCAGGCAUGUGACACCUAUGGCCGCCCAUGCCAGAGAUCUGCUAUAUUUCAAAUAUUAUAAGGAUACCGACGGCGGACACAAAGACAAAUCGGAAGAAUACAUCAGAGAGGAGAAAAAGAAGAACCCGUCGAAAAUUCAUUACGUUAUCGCCGCAUCAAAGAGUUGUCCUGGAAAAUUCCUUCUAUCGUAUUUGCCGCGGAACAAGUUCAGACACGAAUUUGUGACCGUAACGCCGGAAGGAUUCCGUUUCCGACAACAGAUGUUUGAUUCGGUGACCAGCUUGUUUAAGUGGUUCAAAGAGCAUUUCAGGGAUCCCCCUCCCGGCGGUAUUACGCCUGGUACACCGCGAGUCGCCACCGGCAGAACACCUUACCAGGGCGGCGGGAUUACGCCUAGCGGUUUCAACAGUAUGAAUUCGGAGGCCAUCCAGAGAGUCGCACAAAAUUUACCAAGCCACAUGAUGCAAACGUUGUCUGCAGUGGCCAACCAAACACCUCAUUACCCCCAUACACCUGGUGGUGCUUAUGGAGCUGGUAACUAUAUUAACACGCCUUAUACACCAAGCGGACAAACUCCGUUUAUGACGCCUUAUCAAACGCCUCACGCUCAACAAACACCAAGAUAUGGUCAACAGACGCCUUCGCAACAGCAUAUGAACGGACCUUUCCUACAUCCGGGCGCCGUAACGCCUUCUCAGAGAACACCUUCUUACCGCAAUGUGCCGUCGCAUUCGCCAAUGAUUCAACCCAGUCCCGCCUCCACGACCAGAUCGUACGAGAGUUCGAGUCGCGGACCAAGAGGCGGAUAUGGUGACUCUUCUAGAGGUUAUCCUCCGUCUGAAAGUCCCAGAGGAUACAACAGCAAUAGCAGAAGUGGUAGAGGGUAUGGAGAUGGUAAUUCUGGUUUCCCGAACACCGAGUCCAUGGACUGGCAAAAGGCAGCGGAAGCGUGGGCUGCGAGAUCAAAAUCAACACCAAGAAGCGAUGGUCGAAACACGCCUCGUUCACAAGGUCAAAGGACGCCGAGAUACGACGACAUACGUUUGGAAAUGGAGAGAAGCAGGAUGAAAAACAUGGGAAAAAGUCCGAGAUCUCAACGUUCUACCCCAAGAACGAACACAUCUCCUCAUUCGAUGUCGCUUGGUGAUGCGACACCACUCUAUGAUGAAAGUAUAUAAGACUACUUCAUGGGAUAAUAAUUAAAUGUUGUGUAGGAUUUUUUCAGUUAUGAGUUUUGUUAUUUAACAUUUAUUAUAUAUAUCAAAUAUCA